AGGCAACAGGAAGAGCAAGCAUGGGCAUGAUAGCUUCAUUCGCUAGACUCUGCUUACUAAUCCUCCUCCCCUACGUCCUCCAAGCCCAAGCUAGGUCCUCCAACAGAACAACUCCGGCGCUCAUAGUGUUCGGCGACUCGGUCGUAGACCCAGGCAACAACAAUGCCAUCGUCACCACCGUCAAAUGCAACUUCCCGCCCUACGGCAAAGACUUCAUCGAUCACAAAGCCACCGGCCGCUUCAGCAACGGGAAGAUCCCCUCCGACAUGAUAGCUUCUAGACUAGGAAUAAAGCAGCUCGUACCAGCAUACCUUGGGACAGAGCUCGACGCCGAGGACCUCCUCACCGGCGUAAGCUUCGCUUCAGGUGGCUCGGGAUACGAUCCUCUGACAAGUGAAUUGGUGCAAGCUAUACCGAUGAGCGAGCAGCUCAACAUGUUUAAGGAGUACAUGAAGAAGCUGGAAGAGAUUGCGGGAGAGAGAAAGGCACGGGACAUCAUCUCCAGGAGUCUGUACCUCGUGAUUACGGGGACCGAUGACCUGGCGAACACGUACUUUACCACACCGUUUCGCAGAGCAGAGUACGAUCUCCCCUCCUAUAUUAAGUUUGUGGUGGAGACGGCUACAAGCUUCGUGCAGGAACUGUACAAUUUAGGGGCACGAAGGAUCAGUGUCUCAGGAAUAUCUCCUAUAGGGUGCCUACCAUCACAAAGAACUCUGGCAGGAGGGAUUGAAAGAGAAUGUGCCGAUCUCUAUAACCAAGCUGCAGUCAUAUACAACUCUGAGCUAUCAAAAGAGUUGCAAAGGCUUAACCAUUCCCUACCAGGAUCAAGAAUACUCUUCAUUGAUAUGUACACAUCUUUGCUUGAUCUGAUGCAACGCCCUGAAGCUUAUGGAUUCAAGGAGACUGCAAGGGGAUGCUGCGGCACAGGAAUUUAUGAGGUUACACUUACUUGUAAUAGCUUCACUGCACCCCCAUGUGAAGAUGUUUCGAAGUACUUAUUCUGGGACACCUAUCACCCUACAGAGAGAGCGUAUAACAUUAUCAUAAAAAAAAUUUUAAGGCAGUAUCCGUCAUCACUAAACUAAAACUUGAUAAUUCACCAGUAAUAAAUAGAAAAUGUGUUGUUCUGUUGCCAGGCAAUAUAAUGACCAUUUAAAAAGAAUUUCCUGAUCA